AAGCCCUGUGAAGGCCAGAUACCUCAUCUAUUUCUUCAUUACCACAUACACUUUGUUCAUGACCACCAGAGGAAGUUUCCUCUCACUUGGCAAGACCAGCAAUACAACUUCACUUUCCUACAUCAGGAGUAUACCAACACUCUCCAGAGGUUAUUGAAUCUUUGGGAAUUAUUAUUUAUAAAGCACUGGACUAUGGUUUGAAGGAGAAUGAAGAACGAGAAUUAAGUCCUCCCCUGGAGCAACUCAUCGAUCACAUGGCUAACACCAUAGAAGCAGAUGGUAGCAAUGAUGAGGGUUAUGAGGCUGCAGAUGAAGGCCUAGAAGAUGAAGAAGAUGAAAAAAGAAAAAUUUCAGCUAUCCGGUCAUAUAAAGAUGUCAUGAAGUUAUGUGCUGCUCAUCUCCCAGCUGAAUCAGAGGCACCAAAUCAUUAUCAGGCAGUAUGUCGUGCACUGUUUGCAGAAACAAUGGAGCUGCAUACAUUUCUAAGUAAAAUUAAAAGUGCAAAGGAGAAUCUUAAGAAGAUUCAAGAAAUGGAAAAGAGCGAUGAGUCUAACACAGACCUGGAGGAGCUGAAAAAUGCUGACUGGGCUCGAUUCUGGGUACAGGUGAUGAGGGAUUUGCGGAAUGGAGUAAAACUUAAAAAGGUCCAAGAGCGGCAGUACAACCCUUUGCCCAUUGAAUAUCAACUUACCCCUUAUGAGAUGUUAAUGGAUGACAUUAGAUCCAAAAGAUACACUUUACGAAAAGUGAUGGUGAAUGGUGAUAUUCCUCCUCGGUUAAAAAAAAGUGCUCAUGAAAUCAUUCUGGACUUCAUCAGAUCAAGACCUCCUUUAAAUCCAGCCUCAGCUAGAAAACUAAAACCUACUCCACCACGGCCACGAAGCCUCCAUGAAAGAAUACUAGAAGAAAUCAAAGCAGAAAGAAAGCUGCGGCCUGUCUCACCAGAAGAGAUUAGACGUAGCAGAUUAGAUGUAACUACCCCUGAAUCUCCCAAGAACAUUGCAGAAUCAUCAGUUGUGAAUGGAGGUUUAACAUCACAAACGAAAGAAAAUGGGUUAAAUGCUGCGCAGCAGGUGUCUGUUCAGCGGAAGAAGCUCCUCAAAGCUCCAACUCUGGCUGAACUGGACAGUUCUGACUCUGAGGAAGAGACUCUGCACAAGUCAGCCAGCAGCAGCAGUGUGUCUCCCUCCUUCCUUGAAGAUUCUUUACUGGAGGCCGUGUCCCCAAGGAAGACACCUCCAAAAUUCUUGCCCAUAUCAUCAACACCCCAGCCAGAGAGACGACAGCCACCCCAGAGACGACAUUCCAUUGAAAAGGAAACACCUACUAAUGUGAGACAGUUUCUGCCACCAUCCAAGCAGAGCUCCCGAUCUCUUGAGGAAUUCUGCUUUCCAGUGGAAUGCCUAGCUCUUACUGUGGAGGAAGUGAUGCAUAUUCGUCAGGUCCUGGUGAAGGCAGAGCUGGAAAAAUACCAACAAUAUAAAGAUGUCUACACUGCCCUGAAGAAAGGAAAGCUUUGCUUUUGUUGCCGAACCAGGAGAUUUUCCUUCUUCACCUGGUCUUAUACCUGUCAGUUCUGUAAGAGGCCCGUGUGCUCACAGUGUUGCAAAAAGAUGCGGCUGCCAUCCAAGCCAUACGCCACUCUUCCUAUCUUUUCAUUGGGACCUUCUGCCUCACAAAGAGGAGAAAGUUGUAUGAUGAGGCCAGAAAAACCCCCCAGUAGCCACCAGCGGCCACUACGGAGCAUUGCCAGGUUCUCAAAAUCUAAGUCUGUGGACAAAUCAGAUGAAGAACUACAGUUUCCCAAAGAGUUAAUGGAGGACUGGAGUACUAUGGAGGUGUGUGUAGACUGCAAAAAGUUUAUUUCUGAAAUCAUCAGUUCAAGCCGCCGUAGCCUGGUGUUGGCCAACAAAAGAGCCCGAUUAAAAAGGAAAACACAGUCUUUCUAUAUGUCCUCACCAGGCCCCUCAGAAUACUGCCCUUCAGAGAGGACUAUCAAUGAAAUCUGAGCCCUGUGCCUUUCAGUUGCUUUUGUGUUCAGAGUAGGCAUUAGUGUGGGAGAACACUGAGCUGGACUGUCUCUCCUUGCUUUGGUUUUAGUUAACAGGCUUGAUUUGCAUUAGAUCAGGUUUUGGCUGCAUCACAUUGUUCCACAGACUGAAAGCUGUGUUCAUAUCAAUUGAUGAUAUGUGACAGGACAGCCAAUUGCUCGUUUGCACUGAGAGGACAAUAGUUUGAAACUUGCUUUUAUGUGUGUGUAGAUUUGGAAUCCAGAAACUUUUUCCUUAGUUCAGUUCCUUACUGUUCCUCUUAUAAUUUUCUGACUAAAGCAAAAUCUUCUCAUGUGAGAAUCAGCCUAACAAAGGUUUCAAUGUUAGCACAGUUCUAAGCAGUAAGUCAUAUUGGCACUUCCACCUGACAUUGUUCCUAACUAAUGUACAUAGUGGUCCAGAGCCCUGCCACACACCAGAUCUCUGGCAUGGGGCCAGACUAGUUAUCUCCGAGCACAAAACCUACAAGGAUUUGUUCAUACUAUCAAACUGAUUUUAAAGUAUUGUUGCUCUGAGAUAAAGACUACAGGAGGGACUUUAUGCCUACAUUUUAGUAAAACAUCUAAAUAAGCUGUACACCCAAGUGGAUAAUCAUUUUCUCUGAGCUGCUGUGUCUGCCCCGGUAAAAUGGAUCAGUGUCUCUUGAGUGGGUGACAGGUUUCCAUUCCCUAUCUUGCAUGUAUUAUGGUUAGUUGUAGUUUUAAAAUGGAGGUCUAAGAAUUAAAGUUUUGUGGGAGUUUCGGGACAAGGAUUAACUAAACGUUUGUCAACAUCUUGAGUGUGUUAAAGUGAAACUGAAUUUCACUAUACAAAGGGCUGUAACAGCACAAGGUGCCAGCUCUUGGUCACACUAUGGGGAAUAAACCAGAGCUCAUAUAUUUUCAACUAUGUUUUUCAUACCUUUAUAGUGUAGCCAUCAUGACUAAAUCAAGCCACAAUUUGGCACCUAAGGUCUCAAACUAAAAUGUAUUUAUUUUUAUAAAUGAAGUUUAAAAAAAAUACAUUGUCUAGUUCUUUUAAAAUUACAAGAUAAUUAACCUGCUAUUAGUCUUUUUGGAUGCUUUUUGCACAAGUUUUCCUUGUAAACAAUUUGAGCAAGUAGAGUGGGUUUUUGAUGAAGGUAGAAUUAAGGAUAACAUUGUAUACUUGAAAUUUCUCAGCUUGUCUGGACCAUGCCAUGGACUAUACUUUAUUAUUUUGAUAUGCUUAAAAAUGAUCAACCAAUCAAAUUGUCAUUAAUGUUUGAAAAAUCAGGAAAUGCACAUGCACAAUAAUUUCCUAAAAGUUAUAGGACACAUCUAUAGUCAACACUUCGACAGCACCAUUUAAUAAAAGGCAUGGCAGUCACAUUUCAUACCACAUCAAAGUAUAGCAACAUGUCUGUAUUAAAUUAACAGUAAUACCUCAAAACUGCUCUGGUAGUAGUUUCUAAGGGAUUGAAAUUUACAAUUUAGUAAAUGGCUUAAGAUUCUUUUACUUAUGAAAUAAACUUUACCAGUUGACUAAAACAAUGCAUGUAAACAAUUUGUCUGUAUUUGCAUGUAAAAGUGGGCUACCAGAGAACCCUUACUGAUUAUGCAAAUGUUUAAAUUAUGUUAAAGACUCUUGUUUAAGAGCUUAAACAUUAUAUUGGGUGAAUCUCAUUCCUAAAAUUUUCCAAGGGCCUAUUUGAACUCUCUACCCCAGAUGAUUUGGUGGGAGCCACACCCUUUGAAGGCCCAGGUUGGGCCUCUAAACUACCACCAGGAAGGAUGCAAAGCAGAGAGAAUGGUAUUUUAUAUGACCUGGGAUGCAUGCUUUUUAAAAUGAUUAGUUCAUUGUUGUUAUUUAAACAUAAGAAAAGAAACUCCCAAAAUGAAUAUUUCAUCUACAUUCACAAGACAAAUAUAUAGCAUAUUUGAAUCUUUGUCUUGACUUCUUUAUAUAGGCUGAUUUGGGCAUCAUGAUCACCUCUUACCAGAGCAUUACAAGGUAAAUUGUUCAACAGCAUUAAUGAGGUUUGCCAGGUGCAUUAAAGAAGUCACACGGAUGGCAUAUCUGCAUGAGACAGUUUGCAGAAAAUAGUGUAAGAAAAGGGCACAUGAUAUAAUUGAAAUUAUAUCAAUCAAAUUAGCAUCACUUUUUGUUGCCAAAAUAAUUCCUUGCAUUUAAUCUUUUUCUAUCUAUGACAUGUUUCAAACACCUCCACUAAAUUAGCUAAAUUUUCAGAGAGCAGUUCACUAACAGCUUGUACAGUGUGGUCUUACAAUCCUCAACCUGACCUUAGGUCUGUCUUCCUCUUCUUACUACUAAAAUAACAUACCUUCAUAGUGUUCCUCUUUGUCCUGGUUUCCAGCUAUUUGGCACUUACUUCUGUUCCAACAACAAAACUGUUGUUGGCUAGAUGAUCUCACUUGGAACCUGAUGUGUCUUAGAGCUUGGACACACACCUGAGCUGUCCUCCCUGCAUUGCAUCCCCUAACUCUUACCCUGACUCCCUCCAGGCACAAGCACCCACCCAUUGCUUUUGUCCCAGACCUCAUGAACUCACCCUGUUGGGAGAUCUUUGUCUUCUUUCUCAUGGUUUAGCUUUGUAUCAGUGUCAGAGUAGAUAAGAAUGCUUGUAAAUACUGUAAUAUAUUUAUUAAUAUUUGAAAGGCAUUCAUUCAGUGGACAAUGGAAAUUAACUAUCCCAAUGCAAGUAAACAUAAAAUAAAAUCAUUGAUAUGUACAUUGACUUAACAGUCUUACUAGAGUUCAAGUCUUAAGCCUUUCAAAUAAAACCAGAAAGUUGUUAUGUACAAAUUUUUUAAAUGAUCUUACAUUUGAAGAGAUUAUGUGAUAGCACCGUGAACACAUACCAUGAAUUUUUAAGGCUUUUAUUUUUCUAACUGUAUUAACAAAAAUAGGACUGGAUUUUAGGUGUCACAUAGAAGACGUGAAUUAUGUUGCUAUUUGCUAAAGCAAAAUAGCAGAAAAUUCUGUACAUGUAAAACUGUUGAAGGGCCGUGGGGAAAUGUGUAUUCUGAUUGGAACUUCCUACAUGUAUGAAAGACAAAGUGUGACUGGCAUUCAGGGUAACAUGGUGGUACUAAAAGUUUUCCAUUAAAAUCUUUUAUUUUAAAAUUUAUCUAGGGAAAAAUAAAAUGGCUUUCCUUCAUACCUUCUGUGUUGAGUUCCUAUUGUAAAAUGGUGAUGUCCUUUGAUAACUAGCUGUCAGCAACCGCCUAGAUUGGAAAGGCAAGAUACUUUUAUCAUCAGUAUCUUAUGAUC